AUGAGCGGCGAGCCUCGGGGUUGGACCUCAGAGAUCACGCAAAGCAGCGCCAGGUCUACAUUGGUUCCAUCUUAUCGCCCAUGCAGCCCUUCAACCUGGUCGUUCAAGCAUACUAAGGACCAACCAGCUCCCAACCUGUACAUCACACCCUCAUUCCCCUCCCCCAAUCCCUGUGAACCGCCCUCUCACUCUCCUCCCCCAAACCUCUGCCACUCACCCAUUCCCAUUCCCGGCAAACUUCGUUCCCCACCCUCUCUCCGUCCAGGUGUCCCGCGCAUCCCGCACAGGCCGUUCGGCAAGAAACAUCGACACAUACUCGUGCACGAGAUCGGCACUAAUGACAGCUGUGGCUUCCGCUGCCGUAUCUAUCACCACUACCACUAA